AUGCAAGCCUGGUGGGGAUCGAAUUACGGAGGAAUUGAUAAAUUCUAUAACAGAAACCUGGUGAAUUAUGGCAAAUCCCCGGAGAAACCAUCAGAUCACCCUGCCAAUCAACUCUCAUCUGGCCAUCAUUCACAUCAGGGGACGAACCUUCCUGCUGAUGAUGUCUCAUGUUAUGCCUCGUCAAUUGCCUCAAUUAACUAUUCCAAAUCAAGACAUUUAUCAUUGAACCAAAUGCCAAUUUCUGAUGAUGUGUUCAACUCCUACACAGAAUUGAUUCCAGGAAACCCGUACUUCGAUGAUGAUAAUAUAAGUAGCAUCAGUGCCAGCACACGGAGAUUACAACAGAACCCUGUGGGAAAAAACCAAUCUAUGAAUGAUGAUAAAGAAGAUGAUCUACGAUCAAGUUUCAUGAGCCAAUGUAAAAUACCUGAUAAAGAUUCUACAGACAAGAUGUCUUCCCGCAAACACAAGCGCAAGACUUACGGUUAUGAUGGCUCUUUUCUUAGUUCCAGGACCGUAACUUCUAAAGAUUCUGAAGAAUACAGGACCCAUCGUCGGCUUAGAUCGGAAUUCAUGCUGACCCAACACCGUUCCAUCACCGAACUUCCAAACAACAAUUCGAUUAUUGAUUUUUUCGGAGAUUUGAAACGUCAACAUACUUUGGAUACCAUUCGUCGUACCCAAUUGAUUGAAGGGGACCAGGCUGGUAAACAAGACAAAUGUACAAUGUGUCAUCAUAAACUUUCAGGUAGCGUGGUCCAGACCGCUUCCAAAAAAUAUCAUGAGGAAUGUGUCACUUGUUAUGUUUGUGGUGGGAAAUGCGGUUCUAAAUAUUACGAGCAAGAAAUUACGGUUCCUACCCAAUUCGAUAUCGAAGGGUUGGUGGAUGAUGAUAGUGAAUGUGACAGUGUUAGUAUCACCGCUCCUUUGAGAGUCGACCUUGCUGGAUCAAUAAAAAGCUCUUCGUCUUGUAGUGGCUUUUCUACAAUAGAUUCUCCUGUUACUUCGACGUUCGAAAUCCCAUUAUCUGCCACCAGUUCUCGUACUUCAGUUGACAGUUCUGAACAUCAUCAUCACCACCACCACCACCAAGGAAAGUUUCAAGCAAAAGAAAUCCAAGAUAUUCCUGAGAUCCAAUGUCAAACCAAGACGGUAAUCCUCUGUGAAUACGAUAUGUACAAAAAAUUGGGAUUGAUUUGCGACUGUUGUGAAGCUCCAAUUACCGAUGAUCUUUGUGUGAAGCUUCCAGGAAAUAAAACUAUUCACUCGAAACACAUCACUUGUGGGGUUUGCAAUGUUGGAUAUGAUGUGAACUCUGAAGAUCAGAGCUUUUUCAGAAAUGGUGACCAUUUCUAUUGCAAACAACAUUAUGAUCAAUAUUUUAUCAAUAUGAUGUGUGAUUCAUGCGGGAAAGAUAUCAGUCAGGAAAGUAAUAUCAAGAUGGUUCAAAGAAUAGGUGAUGCCAAGGUGAAAUAUUAUGACGCUCAAUGUUAUAAGCAAUCAAUUCUUGGUUAG